AUGCACGGCAUUCAUGAAGCAGAAAAAGCUGGCGAGAAGGCAAAAUCUGGUGGCUUUGGAAUACUCGAUUCGGUGAAAGGUGCUGUAUCAGGUGUUGGCGAGAAAAUAGGCCAUGUUGCCGAAUCAGCGACCGAAGUUGUAGGAGGCGCAGUAGAGGGCGUUAAAGACACAACAGCAUCUGCCUACGAUAAGACAAAAGGAACUGUGUCGGACCUCUCGUCGGCUGCUCAGGAAAAGGCAAGCCAUCUCGGUGAAGGUGUCAAAGAUACGCUUCAUGCCACCACUGAGAAAGUGUCAGAGAGCGCCUCAUGGGUGGGAGACUCAGCCAAGGGCGCAUAUGAGACCACUGCUGAGAAAUUGUCAGAGGGUGUUUCACUGGUUGGAGACACUGCAAAAAGUGCCUACGAGACCACUGCAGAAAAACUGUCAGAGGGCGCCACCUGGAUCGGUGACUCGGCAAAGGGUGCGUACGAUACCACCACUGGAAAACUCGCAGAGACUGCUGAUUAUGUCGCAGAUUCAGCAAAAGGUGCCUACGACACCACUACUGGCACGGUAGCAGAGGGUAUUUCAUUAGUCGGAGACACUGCAAAAAGUGCCUACGAAACCACUGCAGAAAAACUGUCAGAGGGCGCUCAUUGGGUUGCUGACUCGGCCAAGGAUACUCUCCACACUACGGAAGAGACCGCGAAGAAGGGUGCUGGCUGGGUAACUGAAACUGCCAAGGAUACCUACAACGUUACCGCUGAAAAAGUGGCUGAGGGUGCUGACUGGGUUGGUGGUACCGCGAAAGACGCCUACAACACAACUACUGAGAAGGUCUCCGAGACAGUUGGUUGGGUUGGCGAUAAAGCUCAUGAUGCGUACGAUGCUUCCGCCAAUAAGGCAUCAGAGCUGGCUCACUCUGCAGGAGAAGCCGUCGACAGCACCACUGCCUACGUUGGAGACAAAGCACAUGAUACAGCUGGCUGGGUUGGCGAUAAAGCUCAUGAUGCGUACGAUGUUACCACCAAUAAGGCAUCAGAGCUGAAACAUUCUGCGGGUGACGCUGUUGACAGUACAACUUCCUAUGUUGGAGACAAAGCACAUGAUGUAAAAGAAGGCGCCAAAGAGACAGCUGGCUGGGUUGGCGAUAAAGCUCAUGAUGCGUACGAUGUUACCGCCAAUAAGGCAUCAGAGCUGAAACAUUCUGCGGGUGAAGCUGUUGACAGUACAACUUCCUUUGUUGGAGACAAGGCCCAUGAUGCAAAAGAAGGCGUCGAAAAGGUAGCUUCUGGCGCUUUCGGUUUCGUGAAAGGCACGUUCGCCCAGGGCAAGGACAAGGUAGAACACGCUAAAGAUAACGUUAAAGAGGCAGCCGCUGACGCAGCGGAUUCGACAAAGCAUGCCUUCGAAGGGGCAAAGGACAAAGCUUCGGAGUUGGCCCACGAUGUUGAAUCAGCGGGCAAGGAUGCAAAGGAGACAGUGGUAAAGGCUGCUGACAACGCUUAUAAGACCGCUGCAGAGAAAGCUGAGGAUUUGAAGAGCGAUGCUGAAAAGGUAGGGUUUUGUAACGACUAG